AUGUUUAUUACAAAUAUCUUAUUUUUGGCUCUCCUUGUUCACAUUUUUGAUUCGACACAGUCUAGAGUAAUUAAAUUUGAAGAGAUACCGUUAUCACCUGGGGAGUUGACUGUGAAGUUUGUUGCAAAUAAGGAUACAUCAUCGAAUAAUAUCGGAAAAUUGGUUAUUGUUUUAAGAAAUAAAGAAAAUAGUGAGAAUAAAACUAAAAUGAAGUUGCCUGAAAUCGAUCCGUCAUAUGUACCGGACUUGUUGGACAAAGUUGGGAUAGUUGCAGAAAAAUGUCCAGUUGACUAUAAGAGGGUUGGAUUUACUUGUAUACCAAAUAAGAAGAGU